UCGACGAUCGCAGCGUUCGGUUCGGUGGCGGAUGAUUUUCUGUUCGCUCCGCGUAAACACAAUAGUAGUUUCGGGCCAGCCAGUCUCGCGAACCCUAAUUACACCUUUCAAACGCCAAUUAAUCAAUAAAGAAAUUACAAAUAAAAAGUUAGUGCCCGGUGCGGAUGCUAUUGUCCACGAAUCAGUACAAAUAACAAUACUCUUCGAAUGAAAGAAGUUUAAUAACAUAGCCACCGAGUGGCGUCGAACGACAAGAUAUACAAAACGAGUUAUGAAAAUACAAAUUGUGGCCGGGCCAUGUGAGAAUGUGUGUUGAAAAUUGCUAUAAAGAAACAAGAUUUGUUGUUAUUUUCAACGGUCGCUAUUCCGCCGAUCCGUGAUCGAUGUGCCCGACGACAAGCGUCAACUGAAAUUGGAUUUUUUUUGGCGCUCACCAAAGUACAACAACAAAAAAAAACGUAGAAAAUUAAGCCGAAAACAAGCAUCCAUCCUACACCUCCUCAGCACCUGAGAUAGCAACAUUUGGCGCAACACGAAAUUUUAAUUAAAAAAUCUGUCCAAAAAUAAAGUAAAAAUUACUUGCAAGACCGCCAAAGUUUCUACGAGCCGGGUUGCAUGUGUAUCUGGCUAUCCAACAGAUACUCCCAUCCGUAUCUGUGUGCAUGCUUGCAUCUCCAGGUGCUCGCGCGCGCGUAUAUGUGUGUGUGUGUGCAAGAGUGUUUGAUGUAAGCAGACGUGAAAUUGGAUUAACUUUGACAGACGCACGGCGGUUUUUAAUUACCACCAAAGACUUUUUUUUGGGAUUAACAGCAAAAGUUGGACCAGCUCCACAGUUUAAGGGAUUUGUAUAGAAAUCAGGAAAUCAACCAGAAAGCCAACGGAAUGGAAAAAAUGCUAGGCCAUGCCGUUUGUCGAGCGUUGAUGAUCUGACGCUGAGCUGUGUCUGGAAGAAAACACACUUCGCCGGCUCUCGAGGCGCCUCCACGCAGAGUGGCCAGGUGCAACUGCAGAGUAGGAAGGACAUCAGCCCUAGGAAGGCCCCCAACUGGCCUCUAAUUCAGCCAAGCAGCUAAUUGCAGCAGAAACCCCCACAAACGCACAAAAUGAGACACAAUCGUCUGAAGGAUCUGGGACUGGCGUUGCAGUUCAUCCUGAUCCUGGCAGCCUGCCGGGCCGAUGGACCGCAGCACAGUUCGGACCAUGGCAUGGGCAUGGGAAUGGGAGGACAUGGAUUGGACGCGAGUCCGGCGCCUGGAUACGGAGUACCUUCCAUUCCCAAGGACCCGACAUCGCGAUGCGAGGAGAUCACCAUACCGAUGUGCCGCGGCAUCGGCUACAACAUGACAUCCUUCCCGAACGAAAUGAACCACGAAACGCAGGACGAGGCCGGCCUGGAGGUGCACCAGUUCUGGCCCCUGGUGGAGAUCAAGUGCUCCCCGGAUCUCAAGUUCUUCCUGUGCAGCAUGUACACUCCCAUUUGCCUGGAGGAGUACCACAAGCCCCUGCCCGUCUGCCGCAGCGUCUGCGAACGAGCCCGUUCCGGAUGCGCGCCCAUCAUGCAGCAGUACAGCUUCGAGUGGCCGGAGCGGAUGGCCUGCGAGCACCUGCCCAUCCACGGGGAUCCCGACAACCUUUGCAUGGAACAGCCCUCCUACACGGAGGCUGGUAGCGGCAGCUCUGGCGGAUCGGGUGGCAGUGGCAGUAGCGGCAGCGGUAGCUCCAAGGGCAAGGGCAAGCAGGGUGGCAGCUCGGGCGGCUCCGGAUCCGGCGGAUCGGGCGGCUCGGGAACGAGCAACAGGUGCCGCGGACGCAAUUCAAAAAACUGCCAAAAUCCCCAAGGAGAAAAGGCAAGCGGAAAAGAGUGCAGUUGCUCGUGCCGCUCCCCACUCAUCUUCCUGGGGAAGGAGCAGCUCAUGCAGCAGCAGUCGCAGUCCCCAAUGAUGCAUCAUCCCCACCACUGGUACAUGAACCUCACUGUCCAAAGGAUCGCCGGCGUUCCAAACUGCGGCAUUCCCUGCAAGGGACCGUUCUUCAGCAACGACGAAAAGGACUUCGCCGGCCUCUGGAUAGCUCUGUGGUCGGGUCUAUGCUUCUGCAGCACCCUUAUGACCCUAACCACAUUCAUCAUCGACACCGAAAGGUUUAAGUACCCGGAGCGACCCAUUGUCUUCCUCUCGGCCUGCUACUUCAUGGUGGCCGUCGGUUACCUCUCGAGGAACUUCCUCCAAAACGAGGAGAUCGCCUGCGAUGGCCUACUGCUUAGGGAGAGCUCCACCGGACCGCAUUCGUGUACCCUGGUCUUCCUGCUGACCUACUUCUUCGGCAUGGCCUCCUCCAUCUGGUGGGUGAUCCUGAGCUUCACCUGGUUCCUGGCCGCCGGCCUGAAGUGGGGCAACGAGGCCAUUACCAAGCACUCCCAGUAUUUCCACUUGGCCGCCUGGCUCAUCCCCACUGUCCAGUCGGUGGCUGUGCUGCUCUUAUCCGCCGUCGACGGAGAUCCCAUUCUGGGCAUCUGCUACGUGGGCAACCUCAACCCGGAUCACCUGAAGACCUUCGUCCUGGCACCGCUCUUCGUGUACCUCGUCAUUGGCACCACCUUCCUGAUGGCCGGCUUCGUGUCCCUGUUCAGGAUACGCUCGGUGAUCAAGCAGCAGGGCGGCGUGGGUGCCGGAGUCAAGGCGGACAAGCUGGAGAAGCUGAUGAUCCGCAUCGGAAUCUUCUCAGUACUCUACACGGUCCCAGCCACCAUCGUCAUCGGCUGCUACCUGUACGAGGCGGCCUACUUCGAGGACUGGAUCAAGGCCCUGGCCUGCCCCUGUGCCCAGGUGAAGGGCCCCGGCAAGAAGCCCCUCUACUCUGUGCUGAUGCUCAAGUACUUCAUGGCCUUGGCGGUGGGCAUCACCUCCGGCGUGUGGAUCUGGUCGGGCAAGACCCUGGAGAGCUGGCGUCGCUUCUGGCGGAGACUGUUCGGGGCGCCCGAUCGCACCGGUGCCAAUCAGGCGUUGAUUAAGCAACGUCCCCCCAUCCCACAUCCAUAUGCCGGCUCCGGAAUGGGAAUGCCGGUUGGAUCGGCGGCUGGAUCUCUAUUAGCCACUCCGUACACCCAGGCGGGUGGUGCCUCGGUGGCCUCCACCAGCCACCACCACCUGCACCACCAUGUUCUCAAGCAGCCAGCGGCCAGCCAUGUAUGA